AUGUGUCUGAGGCUCAGAUUCAGCAUGGAGGUGUGUCUCAAGGAGAUGCCAGACAAGGUGCAGAGUGCCUGGACCUCUGUGAGCAGUUUGAGCUCCUUGAACACCACCAUUGAUGUUGGACCAGCUGGUGACACUGCUGCCAACACUGUGGUACCUAACGCGACUCCAGGCACUGUGACUCCAGCCAUUGCCACUACAACGGCUCAUGGAAGCACUUCAGCUUCUGCCCGCUGGUACAUUAUUACCGUCGGGCGGGAGACUGGCGUUUUUCAAGGAUGGCAUAACGUGCAUUCCCAUGUCAUUAGUGUGCCUGGUGCUUGCUUUGGAUGGUAUUCCUCUCGUGCGAGUGCUGAUGAGGCAUAUGCACAGGCUCUUCAAGAUGGUACUGUGCAGGAGUUGCCGGUCUAA